GUGUUUUCGCUGCCCAGUGCAAGUGUAAGCUGGCCGUCGAGCCCAUGCCCGACCCGAGCCACUGCAGCAACAGGGCAAUGGUCCAGAUGUUGAAGCACGUGGGGCUCCACCCUCUCGCACUGGUCUGGUUUAUCCACGUGAACCUCCUCCAUGGGCCCGACAAGGACGACACGGGGUUGACUCAGUUCCGUGAGCAUCUCUCGAACCUGUUCACUAAAUGCACGCCAGCUGGCGCGCCGCUGUUUCAGCAUUAUGUCAUGCGCUUGGCCAAGGCCUUGGAGCGCAUGAAGGUGGACAUGAGCGCCUCGGAGCCCUUGGAAGACCAGAUUUGGCAGUACAUGAAGAAUAGGGCUCGCUUUCUCCGCGAGGGCAAGAUGGCGACCACGCGCCGCUUCCAGGCCGUGACCGCGUCGCUCGCCAAGAACAUUGCCCAGGGGCCGAUCCGCGAAUUCGAAUCCCUCUUCGUGGCGCUGGAGGAAGACCUCCUCCAUUCGAAAGUGUUCGUCGAGAAGUUCGCCAAGAAGUUGGGGCCCGACGCUCGCGGGGAAGGUUCGACGACUCCUGGGAAGUUCACUUUCGAGGCGAAGCUCUUGAGGACUUGCAGCCGGAAUAUGGUCGGCGCGAGGGUCGACUUCUUGAUCGAGCCAGACAAUGAGCAGAUAUUCAACAUCAUCCCCCACUGCGGCAACGUGAUGCUCGAAUGGGACACGGGGGCGAGGCGUUUAUGUAAGAACUCUGACGGGGUCGAGGAGUGGUUGACGAAGCAGUGCCUCGGCGACUUCAUGAAGUACGUAUCCUCCAUCAGCCACGCCAUGAGCCAGCGCCGCCCCCUCCAGGACUGCAUGUUCAUGACGGGGAGGGCUGGUAAUAUCGCGGCGCUCAAGAAAAAUCCUGCCUUCGUCGUCGACGAGGAUGAGGCUGCGAACCUCUUUGGGCAGUGCGUUUGGCACCUGGUCGUCGAGACUCUCAUGCCGGGCCUGCACUUGGUCAGGGGCUGGCCGUGGUCCAUGACCAGCGUCCUCGGCACGGACGAGGAGCAGAGGAACGCCUGCAUGAAGUUCGCGCAGGACCUCCGCAAUUUUCAGCUCUUGAGGGGUAAGCCAGACAAGAACCACAUGGAGCAGGCGAUGUUCGACAAACACCAGUUCCAGAAGAUGUCGGUGCAGCAGCUCGUGGCCGCCUUCGAGAGCGCCGAUCGCGGCGCUCCAGCGCGGUUGGCCGACUUGCGGGAGGUCGCGCGGCAGCGCGCGCGGGUUGCGCGCCCCACCGCCCUCAUCGAGGAGAUCAUCGGCACUCAGAAGACCAUCCAGACAUUCAAGCAAGGCAACAAGUACACCAAACCCCAGAGAGCCAUGGGCAUCGUAAUCAAAAAGAACUUGCUCUCGAAGAAGUACGAGUACAAGGUUCCCCCCACAGACAUCCCGAGAGAUAGCAAGAGCGAGCACGUAUUGAAGGAGUGCUUCACCAGUACUGUGGCGAGCAGGACUCUCCCCUGGAAGGACAUUGUAACGACUAAGCAGCAUGCCGAGUACUACAGCCCUAAGGCCGAUAACUUCAACCACACGUGCGCCGACUUGGACCUGCUGGCCGAGGUAGUUCGGGUUGGCGACUGGACCAUGCUUGAUCGGGCUUGGACCCGGGAGCUUGCGAAAGUGGAGCACAACACCAUCGUCCGCAAGGCCGCUCCAGAGGGCAUGCCAGCCGAGGCCACCUGGUACAGGAUCCUCUUCCAAUAUCUGAAGUCGGACCUUUACACGCCGACUCACAUCCACUUGGAUUCCCUCGACAUGGCAGCAAACACGUUCACUUGGAGGUCGUGCGCGUGGCAGGUCGCGAAUCUGCCCGACGCCGCCAUCGCAGACGUGAGGAUCAUGGCGAUAUUAGAUUCAGACUCGGACCAGACCUCGAUCAAAGUUGCUGCGAUGAAUGCUUUCUGGAGGCUCAAGCUUUCUUCCGUGGUCCAGUUCUCGGAAGCAGCAGGCCACCCAGUGGAUGAUGACGCCAACUUGUGCGAGGCGCUCCGCCAGAGCAUCGCGGGCGUCAUGGGGUGCAACGCCACUGACGCCAUGAAGUAUGUAAAGAAGCGGCUCGCGGCCAAUGGCAUCAUGACGCGUCUAGCUGGCAACAUCAUGGACGUCGACGAGGCGCUGGCUUGCUUAGACCGCAACGAUGCCCAGCUGCUUCAGAAAGACCAGACGGAUCACGUCGACAUGGUGUCUGAGCAGGCCGAGUUCGAGCGCGCCUGCAAGACGAAGGCCUGGGAUGUCAAGGCCAUUGCCGAGCCCAAGGCCAAGCCGGCAGCAAAAGCGAG